UUGAAACGGAUCCAUCGAAACAAGAUAUGCACCUGAUGGCUAACAGUAACAGUAACAAUCUAUUUGUUGGUGUGAACUUGAUAGCUAACCCACUGGUGGAUGGGUUCUGGGCCCGCGUGUGUCCACAGUGUGGUAAGGGGAUGAACUCGCGUUUCUCGGGUGAAUCUCCUCCAUGUAAGUGCCGUGUAGAUAGCAUCAAGCUUGGUGUCACACGCUCAGAUACAAUGAAAUCUAGGUCAUCAUCUCAUGAUCAAAUUUCCCCUGUUCCGAAGACACCCAGAAGGAGGGCAAUUGGACAAUUACGGAGACAAUCUGACACAACUUCAACAGCAGAUUCGUCACCUGAGUUGUUUACAUCACGCCAGGGAACAAUUCUCAACGACCUUGACCAACUGAAGAAUAAAAUCGUCCUCAGGUAUACCGAUGCAGGGAUUCAACGACCAAAAACACCCAUCCAUAAAUUCAUGGGGCCAGGCUUCCCAAAUAUGUAUAAGAAGUAUUCCAGUAGAAAAAGUACAGAUAAUGGCUACCCGGUUUAUACAGACACUAAUCGGCCAAUACCAAAAGGUCCACUGUCUAUGGUGUGUGUCACUACACCUAACUCAAAUAGCACAUGUUGAUUCGUAAGGUUUUUCUAGGCAUUUCGUUUGAAUCAUGUUAGAUGUUCAUUUGUUAUUAUUUAUUAGACUUUAUUUUGGACCCUUCGCUUUUCUAAAAGAGAGCUUCAUCAGCCUCAAGCCUCGGGGUAGUUAUUGCGUUAAAGUAUGAGAAUAUUGGUCAGUCCUCGUGAUUGCACAGAUGCAGUUUAACCGAUAUUUAAGAAUGAAAAAGAUAUGCAGCUAUGGUCAGCCAUGUAGGCCCCCAAAUUAACUGUUUCCCCCGUCUCAAGCAUGAAAAAAGAAAUUUGCCCCUCAUGCACUUGUCCAAUUAAGCAAAAAGUGACUUGGCAUUAUUUUAUAUCUCAAUUGAAUUUGAUACAUACUCUCAAAGUAUGAGAAUGCAGGCAUAAUAGAAACAUUAAACAUUGUAAAACAUAAUGGAAACACCAAACUUUGUAAAACACAUACCACUGCCACAUCAUAGCAACUGAGGGGAUGAAACAUAAAUGAAUUAUAUACGUUUUAUUCUCAUUUCAUUUAAGACACCAUAUUUGCAAUUGUAAAAGUAAUUUUAAACAAACAUGUGUGGCAUAUGCAUA